UGUGGUUUGUCAGCAAUAAAGAGAAACAGCUAUGCAAACUCAUGUUCAGACCUGACGGACUUUCUUCCCUUCAAGAGCAAAAAGCAUGGCGUGGUCCACAGCAACGCUCGCUAAAGGCUGCUUUGGGAAAGUCUACCGGCAACAAUAUAAAGGCACCUGGGCUGCAGUGAAGAAAGUCCCCCAACAUCUCAUCGAUCGGAAAGAUCUGGAGAGAGAAUGUGAAGUUUACAACAAAGCAGAACAUCCCAACAUAGUGAAGCUCCUGGGCAACAUAACACUCACUGAUGGUAAAUGGAUUAUUCCACUGGAGUUUAUAUUUGGAGAGGAUUUGGAGACAACUAUCUUCCAGUCAGCAAAAUCCAGAAUACAGUUGACUCCAUCAACUAAAGCCACCAUCGUUAGUGGGAUGUGUGAAGGGUUGAUGCACCUCCACCUAAACGACAUCGUCCAUCAAGAUCUGAAGCCUGAAAACAUCAUGGUGGAGCAUAAGACAAACAGAGCAGUCAUCAUCGACCUGGGACUGGCAAAGUUUUUCAGACAUGGCCUGAACUCGGCCAUCGACAUGGGGAACGAGGCGUACUCAGCUCCGGAGGUUCUGCGGUGGCGAAGCCAGCGAAAUCAGCGUUCAGAUGUCUGGGCCAUGGGGAAGAUCAUCGCUGAGCUCUACGCCCGGGUCCGGCUCCACACGCCCUCCGUCUGUCCUGCUAAAGUCAAGGAGGUCAUGCAAGGUCAGCCCUACUGCGACAUUGUGUGCAAGAUGGUGCAGCCGGAGCCCGGACAGAGAGCCGCCAUGGUUAGCAUCAUAGAUGAAAUUCGAGUAACCACAAGAACAGUUAAAGGAAGCAGUACGCCACCUAGAGACGUCCAAAACGUCCUAAAGCCACCAUCACGUGAACUCGCAGCCAGACCCAGACCCAGACCUGCAUCACCAAUGAAACCGAGGGGAAACCCGAUCGACAGGAUUCAGCUACCAGGAAAAAGAGAUGAUAAAGGUCCAGAUAUACUGAAAUGGGAGCGGACACCCAGACCAGAAAUGAAACCUCUGCGUGCCCAGAUUGGACUGCCCAAGUAUCCCGUCACAAAGCCGGCAGAGAACAGAAACAGACAAGCGGCUGCGGGCGGGACGGACAUCACCUCCCAACUCAUGAAGCUGAAGUUAAACCACGAAGCCGCGAAGGACCUUCCCAGCAACUUACCGCCAACUGGGAAGGUGAAGGUCCAACGCGUGGAAAGGAAAAACGGGAAAAUUGAAACGUGGGAGCAGAUUGUGGUGACUCAGGACGGAAAGAUUAUCAAAUAUGAUGAUGUUAUGAUUAGCAGCACAUAAGAAAUUUGGGGUUGAAGCUGUUAUGAAUCGAUUACUGAGAUAAUCAUAACAGUAGAUUCAAAGGUCAGUCCUUCCAAUCAUUUGGAACAGUAAUUAAUCCAAAACUGUACAAAAUCUGCACAUUUUUAUUUAAGAUUUAAAAAAUUAUUUGUCUGUAAAUAUCUUCAAACAAGAACUUUUCAAAAGGGUGUUUUGACUUCACCUGGUUAAAAUAUAGUAAAAAAACAACAACUAAAAACAUUUUAAAAAUCUUCCAUUAAGCAUCGUUUGCUACAUAUUUAUUAAUCAGUUCAUCAAAAGAAAGUCUCUAGAUCAGUUUGUACUGUUUGGAUCUUAAGUCGAGCAGAAAAACCUGAGAUUUUCACAUUAAUAUUAAAAGUAUUUUUAGCUGUGUUUGCAUCCCUUGCUACAAAUGAUUGAAUAUUCACUAGAGAUGGCAUGUUGUUACAUUUUAGGCAAUAAAUUAUGUUCUUAAUUAAAACGAAAUUGGAUUAUUUACUUGUGUUUUAUAAUGUAUUUCCAAUAUGCAGGUGAAGCUUUUCCGUUAAAUGUUUCUCAGAAACAAGAAUGUAACAUGUGAGGGAAAAAUGUUUACAAUAUCUGCAACCUAUUUAUGACACCAUGAAGGUUUAUUGAAACACAACCAGUAAAAGAUCUGGACAUAAAACGAGUGAAUUACUGAAGAGGAGGAAACUCGUCUGCAUAGUUCUGCCAUUCAGUCUGUGUAAACCUAAAAAAACAACUAAAAUAUGUCCUGUCCUCUUUUUUCCCUCAGUUUGUCAGUAAGAAGCUAUAAUUUUUGUUUUUAUUUUCUACGGUUGUGUUUUUUCAUUUUAACUGUGGUAUUGCUCAUCUACCUGUGUGACCUUUGUCUCUUUUGUGUUUCUUAUUUAUUGCCUCUCAUCUAAAAGUUAUUCUGCAUGUUUUUCAUUUGUAUUGCGUGUCAGCAUUUUUUAUUCAGGUCAUCUGUAGAUGAUUCACCUUUCCUGAAUAAAUGCGGUUUUGCUUUGACUUGCACUUAACUUGUGACGCUGUGAAACCUGUCAAACUUGACUUGUGUGGACAGAGAUCCUGCUUCUGGUUUUGGAAUAAAGUUAACUCGUUCUUGG